AUGUUCCACGUAGACAAGGCUCUGACAAAGAAGUUGUCAAAAGAUUACAAGACACGAUCAAGGGGAAAGUUGAAAUCAAUUGUUCAGAAUGUUCUAAACGAUGCAAGAAAACUAUUCGACGUUAAAAAGUUCAAUCGGUCGAUAAAAUUCAAUCUGCUGGAUACAAAAUUCCUAAAGAACAAUCAAAUGGUCCCAAUGGACGAAAAUGCGUCGACCUAUCUGAAAAAUUAUUGCGAUUUCCAAAGCAAAAGAAAAGUUGCAAUGAAACGUCUUUACCUUUCUGUAUUAAUAACCGGCCUUGAUAUAUUUCAUGUUAAUAAUGGAAAAACUGUGAGAGCUAAUUCUGGACGCGGAUACACAAGAGGUAUGUGCAGUAUAAGAAAAAGUUGCGCAUUAUUGGAAUGGGAACCAAAAACUAUCGGAUUUCUGUUAGCUCACGAAAUAGGACACAGUCUUGGGAUGAACCACGACGGCCCGCCGUACAAUCUCUGUAGAGACCAAAGACACAUCAUGGCAGUGAGAUACCAUCCUAACCAUCAUCCCACUGCAUGGUCUUCAUGUAGUAUACACUCCUUUAAGCAGUUCAUGAUGAGUGGGAAAUCAUGGUGCAUCAGAGAAGAAAAGAGAAGAAUUAAUUUCAAGAGUGUCCAUCAAUAA